AUUUCGAAAACGUAAAACACAAAAAAUACACUUCAAAUAAAAGCCAGGAAACUACCAGAAAAUCAAAAAAAUCAAAAUUUAUACCUGAACUAAAUGAAAAUAAAGAGAAUAUUGAUAUCUCUGAAUUUAUGACAAAGUUUGAAGCAAUGGAUGAUGAACAUAAAUGGAAGUUAUUAUUAUGUUCAGAAACUAAAAAUAUUUUUUCAAAUAGUCUUUUGCACUCAUUUGUUAUCAAUAUUGAUGAUCCUAAAAUAAAGGAAAUUUUUAAUGAAAUAAAAAACAUAAGCCUAAAAUCUGAUCCAGAGCCUAGUGAAAUGUUCAAAGUUGAAUUAAACAAUCUGUGUAAGACUACUACUAUAGAAAUUCAGGAUGCAUUAAAUAAAUUACAUACAAAAAUUAGUACUUCAAAUGAAGCUGAUAAAUUUCCACUGGAUACAUUCCAUUAUGCAGUCCAUACCUUAGGUGAAGCUUGCUCAUUUGCUAGUUCACAACAUAAAAAUAGUGAGCAUGGCACAAAAUGGUUGGCAGAAUCAGGACUAAAACUAUCAAAAUCACUGAGAGAUAUGUUAGUAGAAUUGAACAAGCAGGUGGUUGAUAUUUCAGAAAAAAUUGAAAUUGUUGGCUUUGUUAAAGGUAUUGUUUAUGAAAUCCCAGUUGAUAUCAUCAAUUUUCAUAAAGCUCUUGAUUUGAUUGGUGCAGUAUGGAUUUUAAAGAUUUUAAGGACUAUUAAGUUAACUCAGCAGCCUAAAUCAAACUUGGCUGUAGCAAUAAGGAAAAAAGAAACCAGAAAACAAAAUCAUUAUUAG